CCUGUUUUUCUUUGCAGGCACCGCAGGAGACUGGCGAAAUGCAUUAGGCGAGCAAGCAAGGAAAUACUUGGCCGAAAAUGCUGCAACGCCCGCAUUGGCAUUGGGCCACAUAACGGAGUCCCCCCCACCCAUUCAGCAUCCUCAGCGAGGCCGCGUGUUGAGUCGAGUGUGUUUCAAUCAUGUCGGCGCCCACGUCAAUGGAAAUCAGCUGCUGCCUGGUGCUGCUGCUCCUGCUGCUGUUCAUCCACAACGGCUACAGCAUAGACUGCUUCAAGUGCGUUUCGAAUAACGGCGCCAACAGGGCCUGCGACGAUCCAUUUCAUAAUAACUACUCCACCGCCAUCCUCGAGUCGCCCUGCAUGGGCGGCCGCAAAGGCCGCGACGGCCUCUUCCCGGCCACCGCCUGCAUUAAGAUCGCCGGCUACUAUGAUGACAACGGCGAGACGAUAACGGUGCGCGGCUGCGCCCUGGACAGCGGCACACUCACCACAGACACAGAGAUCAUAAGAAUGUCGCAUUGUGGAAAGUUCUACUAUGACAACAGAUACGUUCACGGCUGCCUUCAGAGCUGCAGUGAUGCGGACGCCUGCAAUGGCAGCCACCCCAAGGACGUGGAAUCCUUGCUGCUUAGCGUUGCGUUGCUGCUUUUGGCAACUGCAAGGUAGCAGUAACAACAACAACAGCAACAACAACAACAACAGCAACAACAGUUAUAAUAAUGGGAAGGAACAGCAAAGAGAGCUGUAGCUAGCGACCCAUGAAAGAUGAAGGAAGGGAUUAAGCUAAAGUGAACGUGAAAAAAGCAUUUAAUAUAAUUCAGCUGCGCGAAAAUAUUUGUACACAUUACAUCCGCUGCUCUAUCUGUAUCGUCUCUCUCACUCUCUCUCUCCCUCACCAGCUAUUGUGUGUCUAGAUCUAUCUCUCCCACUCUCUCAGUGUCUACAAUUGCACAUAACAGUAAUUGCGCACAAGGAUAACACAGGAUAACAUGGCAGAAAAAAAAAUUAAA